CCACCUCCUCCUCCUCUUCCCAUUUCUAGCCGUAAUUCACCCAUCUCCGCCAUGGAUCCGGUUAAUGUUUGGGGAAACACCGCCCUGGACGCCGCUGACCCAGAAAUCUUCGACCUAAUUGAAAAGGAAAAACGCCGACAGUGCCGUGGAAUUGAACUCAUAGCCUCUGAAAACUUCACUUCCUUCGCCGUCAUCCAAGCCCUUGGCAGCCCAUUAACCAACAAAUACUCCGAGGGUAUGCCCGGCAACCGUUACUACGGUGGCAACGAAUACAUCGAUCAAAUCGAAAACCUUUGCCGUAGUCGAGCCCUACAAGCCUACCGUCUAGAUCCCACCAAAUGGGGAGUCAAUGUUCAGCCCUACUCCGGAUCUCCGGCUAAUUUCGCGGCAUACACGGCCCUUUUGAACCCACAUGACCGUAUCAUGGGUCUUGAUUUGCCGUCAGGUGGUCAUUUGACACAUGGUUACUAUACUUCCGGUGGGAAGAAGAUAUCGGCGACUUCGAUUUACUUCGAGAGUUUGCCGUAUAAGGUGAAUUCGACCACCGGAUUUAUUGAUUAUGAAAAGAUGGAGGAGAAGGCCUUGGACUUUAGACCCAAGCUGAUUAUUUGUGGUGGAAGUGCUUAUCCUAGGGAUUGGGAUUACAAGAGGAUUAGAUCUAUAGCUGAUAAGUGUGGUGCCCUAAUGCUUUGCGAUAUGGCUCAUAUCAGUGGUCUUGUUGCUGCUCAGGAAGCUGCAGAUCCUUUUGAGUAUUGUGAUGUGGUCACAACCACCACCCACAAGAGUCUUAGGGGACCAAGAGCCGGUAUGAUCUUCUACCGCAAGGGCCCAAAACCACCAAAGAAGGGUCAAGCAGAAGAUGCAGUUUAUGACUUUGAAGACAAGAUCAAUUUUGCUGUUUUCCCAGCCCUUCAGGGAGGUCCCCAUAACCACCAGAUCGGUGCUCUAGCCGUUGCAUUGAAACAAGUCAUGACUCCUGGCUUCAAGUCCUAUGCCAAACAAGUUAGAGCCAAUGCGGUUGCACUUGGGAACUUCUUGAUGAGCAAAGACUACAAGCUCGUCACUGGUGGAACCGAAAACCAUCUUGUUUUGUGGGAUCUUCGCCCUCUUGGUUUGACCGGCAACAAGGUGGAGAAGCUUUGCGAUCUUGCAAACAUCACUGUGAACAAGAAUGCUGUGUUUGGUGACAGCAGUGCUUUGGCUCCAGGAGGUGUCCGAAUUGGUACGCCGGCAAUGACAUCAAGGGGCUUACUGGAGAAGGACUUUGAGAAAAUCGGAGAGUUCCUUCACCGUGCGAUCCAAAUCACUUUGAGCAUCCAGAAGGAGUUUGGGAAACUGUUGAAGGAUUUCAACAAGGGUUUGACGAACAACAAGGAGAUCGAAGAACUGAAGGCUGAUGUCGAGAAGUUUUCUGGAUCUUUUGAUAUGCCGGGAUUUUCGCUGGCUGAUAUGAAGUACAAGGAUUAAGCAAUGGAAGAAGAACAUGAAGAUGAUACUGAACUGAAUGAUGUUUGUGUUUGUUAUAAGCAACAUUUUUCUUUUUCUUUUUGUUUUUGUUUUUGUUUUCUUAUGAUUAAAACGAGUAUUUGAUUAAAAGAUGUAUGAUUUGGUUGGAAGACAAUAACAUCAUCUACUUCCACCAUGUAAUGUAGAUUACUGAUUUGGAAUUUACCACAAUUAUGUUCAAUUGUUGUUUC